AUGACCACCAUGAAAGAUCUCCGAGUUCGGAUAGAAUCAGAUGCCCAGCAAGUUAGAUGUCAAGCCAAGACGGUGAAGAUGAAGCUUGAAGAGCUUGAUAAGGCCAACAUGGCUCACCGGAGACUUCUCUGGUGUGGGCCAGGGACACUUGCGGAGAGAACUAGGACUUCAAUUGUUGGAGGGUUGGGAUCAAAGCUUAAGAAGUUGAUAUAUGAGUUCCAUGAACUCAGGACAGAGAUGGUUGAUGAAGAAGUUAUUGAAAGAGAAGGAAGUGAGAAGUUUAUGAAGGAGGUGGUGAUGGAGGUGAAGGAGAGGAAUGAUGCAGUGAAGGCGAUGGAGAGGAGUUUGAAGAAGCUUGAACAGGUGUUCAUGGACAUGGCUGUUCUAGUGGGAGCUCAAGGAGGGAAGAUUGAGGAUAUUGAAAGCCACGUGGAACAUGCCAACUAA